AUGGCGAAAUCCUCUGUAAGCAUGAAGCUCCUCAUCGACACCAAAGCCAAACGCGUCCUGUUCGCUGAGGCCGGCAAGGACUCGGUCGAUUUUCUCUUCUACAUACUCUCUUUGCCUGUGGCCAAUAUCAUCAACCUGAUGGGCAAACAAGGAAUGGUUGGCUCGCUGGGGAAUCUCUACGACAGCAUAGAAAACCUGAACGAGUCCUACAUGCAGCCCAACCAGACCAAAGACACACUUUUGAAACCCGCUUACCCAUUCUCCAGUUUGAGUGUUCCUCUCCUGUCAACCAAUGAUAAUGCACCUAUGGAUAUGAAGAUUUACACGUGUAAAGAAUGUUAUUGUUUUGCCAAGUUCCCUACCGCCAUCUGUCCAGACUGCCACUCUAAGAUGACAGUGUUAAUGAAGUACGUGGCCCCACCUGUUGUGAAAAGUGUGUCGUCUGGUUUGGAAGGGGGGGGGGUGGUGAUGUACAUGGUGAUGGAUGAUUUGGUCGUCAUGCCCAUGUCAACUCUUUCAAGCAUCGCUUUGCUUAACAAGUUUCAUUUGAAAGAAGUGGGGUCGUUGGAGGAGAAGGUGGUUGAUUUUGGCAUGGAUGAGGUUGUCAAGUUGUUGAAGGCUUCACUGGAGACCACGAAUGUGCUCACGCAUGUUUUCCUAGGCGGUUGA